AUGUUGAUUUCCAACACUACCAACUUCCAUCCCUCCACGUUCCUCCUGUUAGGUAUCCCUGGGAUGGAGCAUCAGCACAUCUGGAUCUCCAUCCCCUUCUGCUCCAUGUACACCAUGGCUCUGCUGGGCAAUGCCACCAUCCUGUUGGUUGUCGCCUGUGACAAGACCCUUCAUGAGCCCAUGUACUUCUUCCUCUGCAUCCUCUCGCUCACAGACCUGGUGCUUUGCUCCACCACAUUACCUAAGAUGCUGGCUAUCUUCUGGUUUGGGGCCCAGCACAUCUCCUACAAUGGCUGCCUCACUCAAAUGUUCUUCAUCCACAUGGUCUUUGCCACCGAGUCAGCUGUCCUGCUGGCCAUGGCUUUUGACCGUUUCGUGGCCAUCUGCCGCCCACUACAUUACUCGUCCAUCCUCAGCCCUGGUGUCAUUGGGAAAAUUGUAAUGGCCUGCGUAGUCCGAGGCCUCUUCUUUGUCUUCCCAUUCGUCAUCCUGAUCCAGAGAUUGCCAUUCUGUGGGCAUCAUGUGAUCCCCCACACCUACUGUGAGCACAUGGGCAUUGCCAAGCUGGCAUGUGCCAACAUCAAGAUCAACAUCAUCUAUGGUCUGACGGUUGCACUCUCGGUCACAGGGAUGGAUGUGGUGCUCAUUGGCUUUUCUUAUGGCUUCAUCCUCCAUACUGUGCUCCACCUGCCUUCCCAGGAUGCACAGCUCAAGGCCUUCAGCACCUGUGGGGCUCACGUAUGUGUCAUCCUGGUUUUCUACAUUCCGGCUUUCUUCUCCUUCUUCACACACCGCUUUGGUCACUGGAUGCCUCCUCAGGUUCACAUUUUCGUGGCCAAUCUCUACCUCCUGGUACCCCCUGUGCUCAACCCGCUGGUGUAUGGCAUUAAUACCAAGCAUAUCCGCCAGAGGAUUCUGACUCUAUUCCUGGGUUACAAAUAG